AUGUAAUCGGAGCAAAGUUUCCGCCGCGUACCCAUAUGUAGGUAUGUAGAUAUCAGGGCUUGGCGAUCUGUCGUUGCGAUGCCCACCCAAUCCCCGAUGACAUCAUUCAUGAUCAUCAUCAGCAAAGUGCAUCAUGUCGUCACACAUUAUGCCUUCCGACUGGUAUAUAUGCAACAGUUAUUGUCCCAUGGUCAGUCUUAUCUAUUUUUGAUCUAAGCAAUCAUAUCUGAAAUACCAAAAACGAAUACGAAACUCGACGCUAUUCAAAGAUGAAUCCCUCUUCCAGAACUCACCCCCAAGACUCCCACGUCGGCCCCAAGUCGACAGGAGGCAAGGCAUCCGCAACCUCCACGCCCGCAAAUGCCCACCUAGGACAAGACAAGCCCGGCAUCUUUGACAAGGACGGUGCCGUGGGUCACCAGUUCCAACCGGAGGGAGCCAUUGGCUCAGUGGGCGAGAAGGUUGGAGGGCCGCUGAGCAGUCAGGGCAUGAUUGGCAAGCAAUUCACAGACCAAGGAAGCGUCGGUGGAACGAUCCAGUCAGCCCUUGGUGGGAAGAGCACGAAGUCGAACUGAGGAUGUCGUCGACUCUGGAUCACGGCUGAAGUGGGCGGUAGGAUUUUGUUUUUGAUUAUCUGUAACAAUACACAACUCGGAUUUAUUUUCUGACUGUUGAUGAUCACAUUGUUACCAAAGCCCAUGAAACAAGCGUUGAUAUCAGCUGGACUGAUAAUUGAUACGUCCAGGACAGGAGCCAGCACUCAAUACCGUAGUUUUUUCUCAUCUUCCUCAUUUUUAGCAUUUCUUUUUCUCAUCUUCCUCAUUUUUAGCAUUUCUUUUUCU